UAUCGCAAUCCAUAACUUACAAUGGCGUCCAGCAAGAGUGAUGCUUCCUUCAUCAACUACCCAGAAAUCCGCGAAGGACCCUCCGUGCCUUACAAGAAUGAAGACCAGUCCAUCCCCGUUUUCCGGGGAACACCCUUGGUCAUCGGGGCUUCUUUGAUCUCGAAUAUUAGCUUCGUCCAGAGCUUCUUCUGGCGCGGCGCAGGCUUCGGCGUUAUCCGCGAAAUCCCCAAUUUGGACCAGUGGCCCGCCCGCUACGAUCCGACCGUCAUUCCUGUCCACAUCGAUGAACAGUCCACGUCAAGCGUCGCAAACCUACCCGUUCCGGAAGGGAGGAGAAAAGGCAAGGCGGGAUACUACACCUCCGCCGACUAUCAUGCCCUCUACCAAUCCGGGGAAUUGACCCCUACGGCGGUUGUAGACUCUCUCCUGUCCGUGACCCGCCGCGACACGAAACCGCCGGGAAAGCAUUCGGUUGCGUUCUUGGAAUGCGCAGUUGAGAAAGUGCGCGCUGCCGCGGAGGCGUCCACGCAGAGAUACAAGGAUGGAAAGCCUCUAGGACCUCUGGACGGUAUCCCAGUUACGGUGAAGGAUGAGGUGCAUAUGGACGGGUACCGACGGACUCUGGGAACGAAGUUGGACUUCACGGGCGAGUUUGCGGGGUCUACAUCCUGGUGCGUCAAAAAGUGGGAGGAGGCAGGCGCCAUAGUCAUUGGGAAAUCCACCAUGCAUGAGCUCGGCUUGGAUACAACAAACAACAACCCUAACUUUGGUACACCAAAGAAUCCACAUAACCCGAACUACUACUGCGGUGGUUCCUCCGGCGGAUCAGGUUACGCCGUCGGCGCAGGUCUAGUCCCCAUCGCUCUCGGCGCAGACGGUGGCGGUUCAAUCCGUAUCCCCUCGUCCUUCUGCGGCGUCUGGGGUCUCAAACCCUCCCACAGCCGCGUCAGUGGUUUUCCAACCGUCGGUCUCGCCUCGACGGUCGGCGUGCUGGGUCCCAUUGCCGCCAGUAUUGACGACUUAGCCCUAGCCUAUAGAAUUAUGGCGGCGCCUGCUCCCCCGUCAGAAGACGCCAAAUCAGGCGCUUUUCCCAACCCCCUCUCCGAGCUGAACUCGCACCCUGCUCACUCCCGCCCCAAGAACAAGACAAUCGGCAUCAUGCGUGAGUGGACUGAUAGAGCCGAGCCUGCUGUCCGAGCCGUCUUCGAUAGAGCCCUCGACUUCUACCGCAAACAGAACUAUACUAUCAUUGAUAUUUCAAUUCCCUAUAUCCCUGAAGGGGCACGCGCCCACGUUCUGACUAUUAUGGCCGAGAUAGCUUCAGGUCUCUCCUCGCCCAGCCAGAUCAAGCACCUCACUGCGCCCAAUAAAGUUCUCGUCUCGAUGGGCAUGUACCAGAUCUCUGGUCAGGACUUCCUCGCCGCCCAGCGCCUCCGCGGACUCCUCAUGUCACAUCUUGGCUUCCUCUUCCAGAAACAUCCAGGCCUGCUCAUCUUCACGCCUACCUCCCCAAUCCCAGGGUGGAAGAUCGCAGGCGGAGAUGCUGAUCUCGCGCGUGGGGUAUCUGAUGGUAAGUCCUCCGUGAGGAAUAUGGAGUAUGUCUGGCUAGCAAACUUUACUGGAUGUCCGGCUGUUUCUUGUCCGGCGGGCUACGCAGAGGACAAUGGACACCGGGUUCCCAUCGGUGUUAUGGCAAUGGGUGAAUGGGGUAGCGAGGAGGACCUCAUUGCAUUUGCCCGGCAAGGAGAAGGAAUUCUGGACCUUCCUGAAAAUAAGGAACCUUCACCAAAGUCUGGUGAACAGACAGUGGGCUUGACGAUUCCGCGCGGGCCAGAGUCAGUGUGGGAGGAUGUUAUAACAAAUGCUCAGUUGAUUGGAUAGGAGGCCUACUCCGCACAAACGCCAGGAUAUAUAUACCCCAGCCAUGUCUUGAAUCAUUUAAAGAGACGACGAUGAAGAUGUCUAGUUUCUAACGCAAAGAAUGAAUAUAAUACACAA